UGCUACUGACCCACAUAUAUCAGACCCCCAUUUCCCUCACGUUCUCAAUCGCAAGCUUGCGUAUGCGUCAUCAUCACUCUCCAUACCGCUCUUUCUCCAUCUAUCUAAAGUUUCCCAGCUGCUUUCCAAGGUUUCUUCCAUCAAUUUUGCACAAAAACUGUACAGAUUAAUGGGUGGUUUUGAUAUGGAAUCGUUGGUGGAUGCAACAGCAGGGGCGAUUGGAUCUCUUGCUAGCACUACUAUUCUGUACCCUUUAGAUACCUGCAAAACCAAAUACCAAGCUGAAUUACGUACCCCUAAUCUCAGGAAAUACAGGAACCUUUCUGAUGUUCUUUGGGAAGCAAUUUCUACACGUCAGGUUCUUUCUUUGUAUCAAGGUCUAGGGACAAAGAACCUGCAAUCCUUUAUUUCAUCCUUCAUAUACUUCUACGGAUAUAGCUUCUUUAAGAGGCUGUACGUGGAGAGGUCUGGGUAUAGGUCUAUUAGCACCAAAGCUAACUUGCUUAUUGCUGCUGUUGCUGGCGCUUGUACUGUUGCAAUAACCCAGCCUUUGGAUACAGCGGCAUCAAGGAUGCAAACAAGUGACUUUGGCAAGUCCAAAGGGCUAUGGAAAACCCUCUCGGAGGACUCCUGGGAAGAGGCAUUUGAUGGACUCGGCAUAUCGAUUCUGCUUACAAUAAAUCCAGCAAUUCAGUACACUGCAUUUGAUCAACUGAAACAAAGACUGCUAGAGGGACAGCUUGGUAACCCACAGUCGCUUUCUGCCCUUUCUGCUUUUCUGUUAGGGGCAGCUUCAAAGUGCGCAGCUACCUGCUUGACUUACCCAGCUAUCAGAUGCAAGGUUAUGAUUCAGUCUGCGGAAUCAAGUGAAGAUACAGAGGAAGUGAAAUCAAGAAAAACGGUAUCUGGAGCACUCUAUGCUAUAUGGAAUAAGGAAGGAUUUCUAGGAUUCUUCAAAGGCUUAAGAGCCCAAAUCCUAAAGACUGUGCUAAGCUCAGCUUUGCUUCUAAUGAUAAAAGAGAAGAUCACAAAGAGCACAUGGGUACUGUUUCUGGGUAUAAGGAGAUUCUUGUUUUUAAGCCGAAGCAGGUUAAAAAGCUCUUAAAUAAGAUGGGAGACACAAAGCCUGUAGAAAUAUUUGUAUUUGAUAUGCCAACUGUUGGUGUAGAGAAAUGAUCUUUUUCAAGCAUUGGGAUGGUUAUAUUUAAUGCAUUAUAAUGACUUGUAAUUUGUGAAUAGAACUUGUUUGAUUGGCAUAGAAUUUUGUUUUAUACAUCA